AUGGGGGGCCGUGCUGUUUCGCCCGGAGGGGCUCUGCUGAGGACGUCCCGUCUGUUCUCAGUACCGAAACCGCUUCCCGAGCCGCCGUCGACGAACCUGCACAUUGGCGAUCACAAGUCGUCCACGAUGACGAGACAGUACCCGCAGCACCAGUCAAUCACGUCGCCGCUGUCGUCGCGCGAAAAGGGCGAUUGGGGUUACAAGCGACCGUUCCCCCUCAAGUCGACAAUGGCCACUUCGACGCCCCUGAUCCGCAUCAAGCAGGUCGACUCGGUCGAAAACGUGACCGACUUUGCCUCCGCCGCCGACCAUUCCCUGUCCCUCGAGAAGUUCCAAGAGCUCCGCGUCGCGCUCUCCGUCCCCAAGAGUAGCGAUCGGAAAAGCUCAUCACGAUCCGAUCUGUGGUUCAAGUCGGUGUUUGAGGAGGACAUGGACUUUACCGAUUUCCAGCGAAGCCGGGCGGACGACCGGAGAUGGAAGUUUCAGGGCCCCUGGCUGGCCCGCAUGACGGAAGGCGACUUCAUCGAGUACCUGGACAAGAAGGUCCGACCGAAGCGCGCCCAGUUCCGGUCGCUGCUCAAGGACAAGCUGGCAGAGGACAUCACGACGCGACAGAACAACCUGGCGCUGGAGCAAGGAAAGGCCGCGCCGACCAAGGUGGAAGCCAAGGACAUCACAGAAGAGCAGUUCACAGACUACCUGCGGACGCUGCGCAACGACCGCGUCACAUUGUACGCGCUCGUUUCCAAGUUCCUGGACCUGGCACCACUGGGACAACCCGUGGGCUUCAUCCAGUCCUUCUGGUCCAAGCAGGACAACGCCGCCCCCGAGAGCCCCUAUGGCAAGUCGGGCCCGCCACCAAGCCACCCCUCGGCAGGUAUCAGCUACUUGCGGACAAAUUCCUUCAUGGAGAACCACCCCGUCUACGGCCCGCAGGCCAAGCGCACGCCGGCGCUGGCUCGUGUGGUGUACCCCAGAGUUGGCCCGGCCCCGGCCAAGCUCGGUGUUGGCGGUUUCGUCGCCGAUGCGCCGCCUGGCGACAACGAGUUCAACAUCCGACACGGCAGAGGACGCACCGCGGCCAACAAGACGAUGCUCAAUGGCAUCAUGCACCUCGAUACUACGACGUUCGGCGGCGCCAAGGCAUAUGUUGAGCCGCAGACUGCCAGCGUUGACCCGAGCGGAAAGGUUGUGCUGCAGCUCCGCGAGACCCAUCCCGAGGCGCAAGUCAUUGCCAAGGAGAACAAGGGCGUGUCCAGCAUCUACCACGACAGCUCCACGAAGCGAGUCGUUCCCAGACAACAAGCGCAAAGACCCGGCAACAAGGCUGGCGAGAAGCGAAUGGAACGAGUGGCGGAUGAGAUCUUGGAAGGCUCGAAGCCGGCGGAGCAGUAG